AUGGCCAUUGAAGCCAUCGGAAAGAACAAAAAUCUCAGUAUCCGGGCCGCAGCCAGACUGUACAACGUUCCGGAAGCAACGAUUCGCCACCGACGUACUGGCCGGCUGCGUGGUGUGGAAGAUAUGGCCAACCACCUGCUCCGCGAACGCGAUGCUCCCCCUGUCGGCAAGCUCUGGGCCCACAACUUUGUUAAACGCCAGCCACAGCUCCGUACGCGUCGUACGCGUCGAUACGACUACCAGAGGGCCAAGUGCGAAGAUCCAAAGAUCAUUGGCGAGUGGUUUACGCUUGUACAGAACACUAGGGCCAAAUAUGGGAUUGUUGAUGACGAUGUCUAUAACUUCGACGAGACUGGGUUUAUGAUGGGCAUCAUCUUCGCGGGUAUGGUAGUUACGACCUCAGACGGCCGUAGCAAGGCUAAACUAGCCCAGCCUGGUAACCGCGAGUGGGCGACUGUAAUCCAGGGAGUUAACGCCCCUUGGGCUGGGCCAUCCCUCCAUUCAUCAUCCUGGCCGCGCAAUACCACCUCGCCAACUGGGUACCGCGAGUGCAAUCUACCACUCGACUGGCGCAUCGCAACUACCGACAAUGGCUGGACUACCAAUGCAGUUGGGCCUUGA